AUGACCAAUACACGACAGGACUAUUCGGAUUCAGACGAUCCAGACCAGGGUCACUUCGAGAGCAGUCGCUUGGUGCAGAAAGACUCAGCGUUGUCUGUUGACGAGAAAACAGCAGACAAAUAUCGUUCUACCCUCCUAGCACAUUUGCCUGCAUAUUAUCUUGCUAAGAGAACUGACGACUGGAUCUCGGAUAUUGUCAUGUUGCCGCUCGAGUCUCUGAUGAUACGCAUCAAUGCAACGAUAUUCCUAGAGAUGCGGUCCCCCAAGACCCCACUUGCCCUUCUGUCGAGAGGUCACAUAUUCGGCCCUCUUGGUGGUGGGCCGAUUGGUGAGCUGGUCGCGAGUCGCGGUAGCUACGCCGCAUGGGUAGACGUUGGCACAUACGGUGGCCGGCUUUGUUUCGCGUAUGCGCUACGCAUGGGCAUCGACAUCCUGGCAUUUGGCUUGUUGUAUCACACCGUGAGAACGAUAGGGAAGCGCCGGUUUCACUGGGGUGCGACCUCCACGAAUAAAUAG